CGCCAUGAGCCCAUGAUCAAUUUGUCUCAUGAGACAUGAAGUGCAAAACAAAAAGCCCAACUCCCACGACCAAUCACCGCCACUUAACUUCCGUUUCCCGCCGACGAUCUGCUUACGGCAGUUAGCUGUCGACUUUCCCAGCGGCCAUCCCCAAUUUCAAACUCCCCAAAACCCUAUCUAGGCUCCGAUUUUCUAUACUCCAAUCUGAUUUUCUCUCCAACCCGUAUGAUCGUAAGAAACUGGAAGUCCAAAUGCAUCAAAGCCCUAACCUCAGCUUCCCAAAAUCUCAUCUUUCCGCUAGCCAACAAUGAUCCACCAAAUCUCCAAUGUUCUUACACCCAAACUCAGAGCUACGUUCAAGUGACUAUGAAAUGGAAGAAAGAUCCCUACUUCGACUCAAUCGAGCACAUUCACAAGUCCACGGAGCUGAAGCGCAUUGUUUCUCUGAAGAACGUCAUAGCUCGGAACACCAAUGGUUGCAUCCCCAUAUCUGAUGUGUCAAAGAAAGGUCUGCAAUUUGAUCUGAAAAUCAAAGUGGCUAGGUUUUUUAGGCAAUACCCAUCAAUCUUCGAGGAAUAUGUUGGCCCCCAUCAUAAUUUGCCCUGGUUUAGGUUGACCCAGAGAGCAGCCGAGAUUGAUAGAGAAGAAAUGAGUGUUCUUGAGGAUCAGAAGGGUGGUCUAACGGAAAGACUGAAGAAGUUCAUUUGGAUGAGUAAAGAAAAGGCAGUGCCUUUGAAGAUCAUCCAAGGGAUGGCAUGGUAUUUGGGUUUGCCUGAUGAUUAUCUGCAGAGAUUCGAUGAUGGGUCUUUCAGAUUAGUGGAUUUGGAAGGUGGGUUGAAGGGUUUAGCUGUUGAGAGCCAAGGAAGAGUUUUAUCUGUCCUUCAAAAGAACGCCAUGAAGCAAGGGGUUUAUUCAGGGGAGCCAAUGGAGGCAUUACAGUUUCCUCUCUUUCCAUCAAAAGGUUUGAGGCUUAAGAGGAAGAUAGCUGAUUGGCUCAUUGAGUAUCAAAAACUUCCUUAUGUGUCACCAUAUGAGGAUUACUCCUAUUUGGAUACAGACAGUGAUAUUGCAGAGAAGAGGGUUGUGGGGUUUCUCCAUGAGUUGCUUUGUUUGUUUGUAGAUCAUUCAGCUGAAAGAAAGAGGCUUUUGUGCCUGAAGAAGUAUUUCGGUUUGCCGCAGAAAGUGCACAAGGCGUUUGAAAGGCAUCCCCACAUUUUUUACUUGUCUUUCAGGAACAAGACCCGUACAGCGAUUCUAAAGGAGGCUUAUCGCGAUGAAUCAGCCAUAGAGAGGCAUCCUUUAUCAAGAGUUAGGCAGAAGUACGUUGAAUUGAUGAUGGAGUCCGACCCCAUUUUGAAGAGGAGAAGAAGAUCAAGUACUCAAGUUGAGGCUAUUGAUAAUGAGAAAUCCGAGUCUGAUUUGGAUUGCCACUGUGACAGUGCACUCGCAAGCACAGAGUAUUCGUCAAACGAAGUAGUUGCAGGAGGGAGUUGACUUUGGUACAAAGUAUCCUGAGAAUCUAUUGUUGGUUAGACAUUCCAGCGUUGACAUGAUAAACGGGCAUGAACGAGUUGGCAAUGUAAUCAGACUUUUACAUCAGCAACGAAAAAACUCUUCUGCUGCUCCCCAAAACGUUGGUAACAAAACCUUUACAAUUAA